AUGUCAUUCCAUCCUCUACGUCAAACGUUGAGAGCUACUUUGAUAGCUGGCUUGUUAGUUUUUGGACAUGUAUUAUUAGGGUCUGCAGCAUCAGCUCAUGCCAUUGAAUGGCUGGUCAGAAAACGGCCAGGGAGGAUUAUCCUUUAUAGUUCUAAGAUCAGGGGGAUAGGUGAUCCUUUCCAGUCGGAAGACAUGUCGACUAGAAAUAUCGUCCUACCAUUAGCUUCAAACCUACGUACAACCUCAGCUGUCAUAUUUCUCACUCUGUUAUGGCAAUCUUUCACAUUACUCGAAUUGGUAGAUGCUCGUCAUACGGCCGAUAGGUUUAAUGGAGAAUUCGGAAUGAAUCAUAUUGGAAGAGAUGAGGGAAGAGUUUUCGGGACUACUGCGGUAGAAUUUAUACAUAAUUCAGUUUUACUUGGUGCUUGGGCAGCUUGGUCAACAACCGCUCUUGACUCUUUCUCCGCCUUGUCCAUGGCCUCUUCUCUCAAUCUUGAAUUAGUAUUCCUUCCCGCCACGGCGACCAUCAUCCUCAUCAGUGUCCUCCUCCUUCAAACCCAAUUAGUUCUCAGCAUAGCCCGUCAUGCCUACACUCACGGUGGUAUUUUCACUUCCGACUUUUGGCGCGGUCGUACAGGUUGGUGGACCGAACGUGUGAGGUUAGACGUCGAGAACAUUCCUUCGGAAACACCAACCUUGUCUGUCGUCCAAGUUGAAGUACCGGAGAAAUUAAUUUCACCUUGA